AUGUGGCGAGACCGGACCAACCUGUAUCUCUCCUACCGACAGUCCUACGCUCACCACCCCACCCACCGGAACAAGUAUGGCGGUAGCAACAACCUCACCAGCGCCGAGCGCUUCGGCUCCUCUACCGGCGCCUCCGUGCUCUUCUCUGCCGACGAGUCCUCGGACCGGCGCGGUCUCCUAGCGGGCGGCGACUAUCAUGAUGACGGCGACGCGGUGAUAGAGAUGGACUUGUUGCCUCCGCGCUGGGCCGACAUUACAGACGAGGUGACAGAUCUCCUGGCCGACAUUGCCAAGAAGUCGCAGAAGCUCGAGAGGCUACACCAGAAGCAUGUGCUUCCGGGAUUCGAUGACGAGGGCACGAAGAAGGCCGAAGAAAGGGAUAUCGAGAGGUUGACACAGGACAUCACCCGUGGUUUCCACGAUUGCCACCGGUGCAUCCAGCGCAUCGAGGCCAUGGUGCGGGAAUCCAAGGAUGCCGGCACCAUGACGAGGGCGGAGGAGGUCAUGGCCAAGAAUAUCCAGAUAUCGCUUGCAGCAAGGGUACAGGAAGCGAGCGCGGGCUUCAGAAAGAAGCAGAAACUGCGUGGCCUUAGCAAUCCCAGCGGCAUGCUUUCCCCCGGCCCCGAACGUGCCUCCACGCCCUCCAAUUACAUGGACCCCUCGCUUCUCGACUCCGAGACAGACAAGUCCUUCUCCCAAUCCACACUACAGUCCUCGAUGCAGCAGAAACAACUCCACUCCAACGACGCGGCCAUUGUUCAACGAGAGCGCGAGAUCGAGGACAUUGCUCAGGGCAUCAUCGACCUGUCGGACCUAUUCCGCGAUCUGCAAAGUAUUGUAAUCGACCAGGGGACCAUGCUGGACCGAAUCGACUACAACGUGGAGCGGAUGGCCGUAGAUGUCAAGGAAGCGGACAAGGAGCUGAACGUUGCGAGUGGGUAUCAAAAGAAAACGACAAAGAGGAAAAUCAUUCUGCUUUUGAUAUUGAUUAUCGUGGGCAUGAUCAUAUUAUUGGCGAUCAAGCCAAAACGGCAGAGCGACAGUGGCGGUGGAGGCGGUGGAGGCGGUAGUCCAGCAGAGGAAGAGCAGGCAAUAGAAAGGGAUGCGUUGCCUGGAGAUGGCGGAGGCAGCCCGUUUCUCGCAAGGGCUGUGUUAGAUCACUUGAUAUAUAGAUAG